AUGGAGUAUGGGGGAGUCAGGGCUCUGCGUCCCCCACUUCCUGUGAUUCCCCGGGACUCUCCGCCAGCCAGUAACACAGAAGGUUUAUUAGCCAACCGGAACACAGCCCAAAACAGAGCUUGGAACAUCCCCCCUCCCCGGGCCGCUACAUCCCAGCCUCCGAGAACCCGGCCCCCAGACACGGCCCCGCACCCCACUACAUCCCAGCCCCCGGGAACCCGGCCCCCAGACACGGCCCCGCAAUCAGCUACAUCCCAGCCCCCAGGAACCCGGCCCCCAGACACAACCCCGCACCCCGCUACAUCCCAGCCCGCGGGAACCCGGCCCCCAGACACGGCCCCGCACCCCGCUACAUCCCAGCCCCCGGGAACCCGGCCCCCAGACACGGCCCCGCACCCCGCUACAUCCCAGCCCCCAGGAACCCGGCCCCCAGACACAACCCCGCACCCCGCUACAUCCCAGCCCGCGGGAACCCGGCCCCCAGACACGGCCCCGCACCCCGCUACAUCCCAGCCCCCGGGAACCCGGCCCCCAGACACGGCCCCGCAAUCAGCUACAUCCCAGCCCCCAGGAACCCGGCCCCCAGACACAACCCCGCACCCCGCUACAUCCCAGCCCGCGGGAACCCGGUCCCCAGACACGGCCCCGCACCCCGCUACAUCCCAGCCCCCGGGAACCCGGCCCCCAGACACGGCCCCGCAAUCAGCUACAUCCCAGCCCCCAGGAACCCGGCCCCCAGACACAACCCCGCACCCCGCUACAUCCCAGCCCGCGGGAACCCGGCCCCCAGACACGGCCCCGCACCCCGCUACAUCCCAGCCCCCGGGAACCCGGCCCCCAGACACGGCCCCGCACCCCGCUACAGCCCAGACCCCAGGAACCCGGCCCCCAGACACGGCCCCGCACCCCGCUACAGCCCAGACCCCGGGAACCCGGCCCCCAGACACGGCCCCGCACCCCGCUACAUCCCAGCCCCCGGGAACCCGGCCCCCAGACACGGCCCCGCACCCCGCUACAUCCCAGCCUCCGGGAACCCAGCCCCCAGACACGGCCCCGCACCCCGCUACAGCCCAGACCCCGGGAACCCGGCCCCCAGACACGGCCCCGCACUCAGCUACAUCCCAGCCCCCGGGAACCCGGCCCCCAGACACAGCCCCGCACCCCGCUACAUCCCAGCCCCCGGGAACCCGGCCCCGAGACACGGCCCCGCACCCCGCUACAUCCCAGCCCCCGGGAACCCGGCCCCCAGACACGGCCCCGCACCCCGCUACAGCCCAGACCCCGGGAACCCGGCCCCGCACCCCGCUACAUCCCAGCCCCCGGGAACCCGGCCCCCAGACACGGCCCCGCACCCCGCUACAGCCCAGCCCCCGGGAACCCGGCCCCCAGACACGGCCCCGCACCCCGCUACAGCCCAGCCCCCGGGAACCCGGCCCCCAGACACGGCCCCGCACCCCGCUACAGCCCAGACCCCGGGAACCCGGCCCCCAGACACGGCCCCGCACCUCGCUACAGCCCAGAUCCCGGGAACCCGGCCCCCAGACACGGCCCCGCACCCCGCUACAUCCCAGCCCCCGGGAACCCGGCCCCCAGACACGGCCCCGCACCCCGCUACAUCCCAGCCCCCGGGAACCCGGCCCCCAGACACGGCCCCGCACCCUGCUACAUCCCAGCCCCCGGGAACCCGGCCCCCAGACAUGGCCCCGCACCCCGCUACAUCCCAGCCCCCGGGAACCCGGCCCCCAGACACGGCCCCGCACCCCGCUACAUCCCAGUCCCCGGGAACCCCACAGCCCCAGCCCCCCUCCGCUGUGCAGCAGCCCCAGGCGCCCUGUCCUGACCCCCGUCUCCCCGUCUGCUGCAGACCCCAAGCCCCAGGACAAGCCGGAUGAGACCCCGAGCCUGUUUCUGCAGAAGCCAGGCCAUAUCCUUGUGGAGUGCGGGAAGGAGGUGGCCGUGGAGGUGCAGGUGGACGGAUCCCAGCUCCCCACCAAGCCGAGCAUCAAGUGGUUCAAGGGGAAAUGGCUGGAACUCAGCAUCAAGAGCGGCCUCCGGUUCCAGUUCAAGGAGACCUUCGACAAGGAGAAGAAGGUGUACACCUUCGAGCUGCGCAUCGGGAAGGUGGUGAUCGGGGACCGGGGUGACUAUCGCUGUGAGGUGAUGAGCAAGGAAAAGAGCGACACGUGCACCUUCAACAUCGACGUGGAGGCCCCACGGAUGGAGGAGAGUGACAAUGUGCUCCAGGCCUUCAAACGGACCGGGGAGGGGAAGGACAAGGUGGCCGGGGAGCUGGACUUCAGCGGGUUGCUAAAGAAGAGGGAGGUGCAGGUGGAGGAGAAGAGGAAGAAGAAGAAGGACGAUGAGGACGAUCCCUUCCCCCCUGAGAUCUGGGAGCUGCUCAAGGGGGUGACGAAGAAGAGCGAAUAUGAGCGAAUCGCCUUCCAGUACGGGAUCACGGACCUGCGGGGCAUGCUGAAACGGCUCAAGAAGGCCAAGGUGGAGGUCAAGAAGAGCGCAGCCUUCACGAAGAAGCUGGACCCCGCGUAUCAGGUGGACAAGGGCAACAAGAUCAAGCUGGUGGUGGAGAUCAGCGACCCCGACCUGCCUAUCAAGUGGUACAAGAAUGGGCAGGAGAUCAAACCCAGCGCCAAGUACAUCUUUGAGAAUGUGGGCAAGAAGCGGAUCCUGACCAUUAACAAGUGCACCCUGGCCGACGACGCGGCGUACGAGUGCGCGGUGGCGGACGAGAAACUGUUCACCGAGCUCUUCGUGAAGGAGCCGCCCGUGGUGAUCACCAAGGGCCUGGACGACCAUCAGGUGUUCGUGGGCGACCGGGUGGAGCUGGAGGUCGAGGUGUCGGAGGAGGGAGCCCAAGUCAUGUGGAUGAAGGACGGGGUGGAGCUGACCCGCGACACAGCCUUCAAGUACCGCUUCAAGAAAGACGGCAAAAAGCAUUAUCUGAUCAUCAACGAGGCCACCAUGGAGGACAGAGGCCAGUACAAGAUCAUGACCAACGGGGGCCAGUCCGAGGCUGAGCUGGUGGUUGAAGAAAAGCAGCUGGAGGUGCUCCAGGGCAUUGCGGAUCUCACCGUCAAGGCGUCCGAACAAGCCGAGUUCAAGUGCGAGGUGUCGGACGACAAGGUGACGGGCAAAUGGUACAAGAACGGCGUGGAGGUCCGGCCCAGCAAGCGCAUCCACAUCACCCACAAGGGCAGGUUCCACAAGCUGGUGAUUGAGGAUGUGAGGCCAGAGGACGAGGCUGAUUACACCUUCAUCCCCGACGGGUUCGCCCUUUCGCUCUCCGCCAAGCUCAACUUCCUGGAGAUCAAGGUGGAGUAUGUCCCUAAGCAAGAACCCCCCAAAAUCCACCUGGACUGCUUGGGGAAGAUGGCCGAGAACACCAUCAUCGUGGUGGCGGGGAACAAGGUGCGGCUGGACGUGGCCAUCACCGGGGAGCCCGCGCCCACCGUCACCUGGAUGAAGGGCGACAAGCUGUUCACGAACACCGAGGGCCGCACCCGCAUCGAGAUGCACCCAGAGGAGAGCAGCUUCGUGAUCGACAGCGCGGAGCGGGGGGAUGAGGACAAGUACAGCAUCACAGUCACCAACCCCAUGGGGCAGGACAAUGCCGUCCUGCACAUCAAGGUGGUUGAUGUUCCUGACCCCCCUGAAGCUGUACACAUCACCUCCGUGGGGGAGGACUGGGCCAUCCUGGUCUGGGAACCCCCCAAAUACGAUGGUGGGCAACCCGUCACUGGGUACCUGAUGGAGAGGAAGAAGAAAGGCAGCAUGCGGUGGAUGAAGCUGAAUUUCGAGGUGCACGGGGACACCACGUACGAGUCAACGCGGAUGAUCGAAGGGGUGCUCUACGAGAUGCGGGUCUUCGCCGUCAACGCCAUCGGGGUGUCACAGCCCAGCCACAACACAAAGCCUUUCAUGCCCAUCGCCCCCACCAGCGAGCCAACCCACCUCACGCUGGAGGACGUGACCGACACCACGGCCACCCUCAAGUGGCGCCCACCCGAGCGGCUGGGGGCCGGGGGCAUCGACGGUUACCUGGUCCAGUACUGCCUGGAGGGCUCGGACGAGUGGGUCCCAGCCAACACGGAGCUGGUGGAGCGAUGCGGCUUCACGGUCAAGGGGCUCCCCACGGGCGAGAAAAUCCUCUUCCGGGUGAUCGGGGUGAACAUCGCGGGCCAGAGCAACCCGGCCACCAUGGGGCAGCCCGUCACCAUCCGCGAGAUCGUGGAGCAGCCCAAGAUCCGCCUGCCCCGCCAGCUGCGCCAGACCUACAUCAAGAAAGUGGGGGAGCAAGUGAACCUGCUCAUCCCCUUCCAGGGUAAGCCGCGGCCUAAGGUGACGUGGACGAAGGACGGGACGUCCCUGGACCCCAAGGAGGUCAGCGUCCGCACCUCGGAUCUGGACACCAUCCUCUUCAUCCGCUCGGCCGCCCGGCACCACUCGGGCCAGUACCAGCUCUCUGUGCAGAUCGAGAACAUGGAGGACAUGGCCACCAUCCAGAUCCGCGUCGUGGAGAAGCCAGGGCCCCCGGUGUCGGUGCUGGUGAAGGAGGUUUGGGGGUUCAACGUGCUGCUGGAGUGGGAGCCCCCCAAGGACGACGGGAACUCGGAGAUCACGGGCUACGCCAUUCAGAAGGCGGACAAGAAAACCAUGGAGUGGUUCACGGUGUAUGAGCACAACCGGCUGACGCGCUGCACGGUGUCCGACCUGGUGAUGGGGAACGAGUACUCCUUCCGUGUGUACAGCCACAACAUCUGCGGGCUGAGCGAGGUGCCUGGAGUCUCCAAGAACACCGCCCUCAUCCAGAAAACAGGGAUCAUCUUUAAGCCGCUGGAUUACCAGGAACACGACUUCCGGAUGGCGCCCAGAGUCUUGACGCCCCUGGUCGAUCGGACUGUGGUGGCUGGGUACAGCACCGCCCUGAACUGCGCAGUGCGGGGGCACCCCAAGCCCAAGGUGAUCUGGAUGAAGAACCAAGUGGAGAUCCGGGAGGACCCCAAGUUCCUGAUGAAGAACAGCCAGGGGGUGUUGACCCUGCACAUCCGCAAACCCAGCCCCUUCGACGGUGGCACCUACACCUGCCUGGCCAUCAACGAGCUGGGCGAGGCGCUGACCGAGUGCAAGCUGGAGAUCAGAGUGCCCCAGUAACCAUACAGCUCAGGCUUGGUCUCGCCCCCCCAGACAGCAGUGCCACGGCAGGGCGCACUGGGCACGUGGGGGACCCUGGGUAUUGCCAGGCCAGGCCAGGCACCCCCACCCACUGCUUCUCUGCAACCCAUCCACUCUGAUACUGGGGGGCUCAGCUGUGCCCUGAUGCCCCCCUCCAGCUUGGAAACCACAGGGCAGUGAAUGUGUGUGCCAAUAAACGGA